UUUAUGUAUAUAUCAAGUAAAUUUAAUAAAAUAUAAUUAAUAAUAAGAUACCUUAGAAUUUAAAAUCUUGUAAACUGAUUAAAUUAAAAAAAAAAUACAGAUGGCGCUUAAGAUGUUUAGUUUGCGUGCUAUGUUGUUCAUUGUUACCUAGUGUUAAAGUUUGACGCCUUGUAGAAUAUAAAGUAUUUUCGAGAUUCCAGAUAUUUUUAAAAAUGUCCUGCAGAUCCUCUUUCUACCGGACCAUUUAUUUUUUCGAGUACGCAGUACUAAAUACACCCAAUUCAUGGAUCCACAUGACUUACCAAUGGCUCUACAAAUGCAAUCAUCUGCCACAACAUGUUGUCUACCAUCAUUGGAUUCGGGUUCGAAACCGGUCCAGGAACAGUACGAUUCUGAGCAUCAACCCACCUCCUUCACUCGCAUUGAUCGACUGUAUUAAGUCUGGCCUACAUGAAAUUAAAAGACAGCUUAAAGCUCAUAAAACAUCAGAAACACCAUCGCACCCACUACUUCCGGGGCUCGAUCGGAGUCAUGCUGCACGCUCCUUUAAGCCUAUGGCAUGUUUAACAAGCAUCCCGUUGGGCAGGAGAACAUCUCGCUAG